AUGAAGUCUCUUCUUAACCUGCUGUUCCUCCUGUUUUUUGUCAUCAUCCACUCCAAGGUCUAUAAGCCCUGUGAUUUUGCCAGAAUUAUGAAAAGAAGUGAAAUGGAUGGCUAUAGGGGAUUCAGCCUGGAAAACUGGAUGUGUUUGGCUCAACACGAGAGUAGCUUUAACACAGGAGUUGUAACCUACCACCGUGGACACCAAAGCACCAGUUAUGGGAUAUUUCAGAUCAAUAGCCGACACUGGUGUAAUGAUGGCAAAACCCUCAAAGCAGUGAAUGCCUGUGGGAUACCCUGCAGUGUUUUGCUCCAGGAUGACAUCACUGAAGCCAUAACAUGUGCAAAGAAGGUCGUGAGUGAUUUAGAAGGCAUCAGAGCAUGGAGGGCAUGGAGAGCCAAAUGUGAAAACCGAGAUGUCACCAAGUAUCUUCAGAACUGCAGAGUCUAA